GAGAAGCGAAGCCUGAGGCGGGGCAAGCUCCGAGAGCGGCCGGGGGUUGAGACCCGGAGGAGGACAUGGCGGCACUCUACGCCUGCACUAAAUGCCACCAGCGCUUCCCCUUCGAGGCGCUGUCCCAGGGGCAGCAGCUGUGCAAGGAGUGUCGGAUUGCACAUCCUAUUGUUAAAUGCACCUAUUGUCGGACUGAAUUCCAGCAGGAAAGUAAAACCAAUACAAUAUGCAAGAAAUGUGCUCAGAAUGUAAAGUUGUAUGGAACGCCCAAGCCUUGUCAGUAUUGCAACAUUAUUGCAGCGUUUAUUGGCAAUAAAUGUCAGCGCUGUACAAACUCAGAGAAGAAGUAUGGACCACCAUACUCUUGUGAACAGUGCAAACAACAGUGUGCCUUUGACAGGAAAGAUGACAGAAAGAAGGUGGAUGGGAAGUUACUGUGUUGGCUGUGUACAUUAUCAUACAAGCGAGUCCUACAGAAAGCCAGAGAGCAGCGAAAGCACCUGAGUAGCUCGUCCCGAGCAGGCCACCAAGAGAAGGAGCAGUACAGCCGGCUGAGCUCCGGGAGUCAUUUUAACAGCCAAAAAACACUGUCCACAUCUUCAAUUCAGAAUGAAAUUCCAAAGAAGAAAUCUAAGUUUGAUGCUAUCACAGCUAAUGGAGACAGCGUUCCUUCCUCUUACGAGCUGCUUUGUCCUAAUAUCCAGAGUGCCCCGUCCGUGUUGGUGCAGUGGGCUGCUUCCCAACAGAGUCUUGGUGCCAACCAUUAUCCUGUUCCUCCAGGCACUGGCAUCCUGAACAGCUUUUCACCAGACUUAGCUCUGGACUCCCCAGGCACUGAUCACUUUGUCAUCAUCGCCCAACUAAAGGAAGAAGUGGCCACACUUAAGAAGAUGCUUCAUCAGAAGGAUCAGAUGAUAUUAGAGAAAGAGAAGAAGAUUACUGAACUGAAAGCUGAUCUACAGUACCAGGAGUCUCAGAUGAGAGCCAAGAUGAAUCAGAUGGAGAAGACCCACAAAGAAGUCACAGAGCAGUUACAGGCCAAAAACCGAGAGCUGUUGAAGCAAGCAGCAGCUUUGUCCAAAGGCAAAAAGUCCGAGAAGUCGGGAGCAAUGACUUCUCCAUGAAAAAUAUCCCGGGAGCUUCUUGAGCAGCAGCAAGGUGGAGUCUUGGGCUGGUGCUGGAGGCAUGGCUGUGUUGGGAGCUGUCAGCUUCCCUGGGAAUCUCCUUUUUGUGACAGUCGUCCCUCUUUAUACUGUGGCUGUGGGCAAGGUGGAAACACCUGGUAUGUUGUGUUAGGAUCGAAUGCUGGAGGGUGUCAGGGUUAAAUGGAUAGCACUAUUUUUUGUACUGCUUUUUGUUUUCUAUAGUGGUAACUGCUCAGUGUUUUGUGCAGAAAGAAUUCUUUUCCCCAUCCCUGCAUCCUUUAAUUCCCAUGAGCAAAUAGUUUGGCGUUUGGGUAAAUAUUGUCACUGCCAUCUUUCCAACUCAGAAGCUGCCACCCUAAUAGGACUUAACACAAUGGAGGUUUCCACUCUCCAUUACAAUUGCUGCUUCAGGGGAUACUUUUUUUUUCCAGGUAUACUAUGAACUUUGUACUAUAUAAAGACAGAGGUUUAUUUAUUUAAAAAACAAAAACUCUUUUUCUUGAGAAAGGGGAAUACUCAGACCAGCUAGUUCUCUUUGUGAUAGAGCUAUGAUAAUUAUUGGAAUAACCACCCGAUCUCCAUUUAGGCUACAGAAAAGGCUGUCGAUUUCAUCGGGUUUCAUGCCUUGUUGUUUCAUAAUUUUGAUGGUUAAGAUGAGUGAAACAGUUGGAUUCAGAAGUGUUACAUUAGGCGGUGUUUGUGUGUGUGUGUGUGUGUGUGUGUGUGUGUGUGUGUGUUACUGUUUUUUAAGGACCCUUGAAAAAAGGGCACCUGAGGAGACAUUUUAGAAGGGAAUGGUGAUUUCAAAAGUCUGUCUCUUUAGAUGAGGGCAGAAAGUUUUGUCCAGGUUGUACUGGAUAGUUUCACUUUCCUAAUCAUUUUAUGUAAUUAAUUUUGAAUUCUUUCACACUGCCACUUAUUUGCUUUUUAAAUCUCUUUCCUUCCUAACACCAGUUGUCAGAUCAAGUCAUUGCCAAGGAACAUUCUGGAUUGGAAAAGCUGCAAACUAUAGUGAGAUGAGCAUCUCAGGAUGGGGUAUUUGAGUUAGAAGGAAAGAUUGAGAGAAGUGCUGCUCUGUGUGUGUGUGUGUGUGUGUGUGUGUGAGAGAGAGAGAGAGAGAGAGAGAGAGAGAGAGAGAGAGAGAGAGAGAGAGAGAGAGACACCAUCCCCAAGUUUUGAUGGAAAUAAGAUGGAAAGAUGUUUUUCUUGUAUAUAGUCUACCCUUGGCCAUAACUGUUUUCGUGUUGUCCAAGAUGACACACUGACUUACCUUCAGUAGUUAGUGCACUUUGGGACUGUUUGUUCCAUAGUGGAGAUAGAUUUGCAGUUCUGUUUGCAGGCUCUUAAUAGGCCCCACCUUUGUCACCCCAGCAUACAUUUGGAAGAAAGCCACCUGGGAUGAGAGUUUGCCAUCUGGGCCAUGAAACACACUAGGUAAACCCUAUAGGUUACCUGUUACUUUGACCUCAUUAAUCCAUCGGUCUACAAGCAGCAGUGUGUGUGUCUGUGUGUGUGUGUGUAAGAGAGAAAAGAGUCUAAGCUACCACAAUUAUAGGUAUAAGUUCAACUUCCAUGUAUUUCUUAGAAGCAGAGUAUUACAGUUAAGAAUGGAGUACACUGGUGGCUUAAUAUUAUAGCUAUUUCCAGGUCUGUUGACAUCUCAAAAGUUUCACAAAUUAACAAAAUUAGUAAAAACAGAUCUGGGAGUGGAUCUCUUUGCCUUAUUUAGAAGGGGUAUAAAUAAACUAUGGGUGUUGUCCAUGCAUUGCUGUCAUUUGAAAUGCCAGGUUCCCUUCCAAAUAAGGGGACCAGCAGUACUGUUAGUUUUGUACAUUUUCGAAUCAAAGCAUUUAAAUAAAGAUGAGACAAUACUUUUCAGACACAUUUACUCAGAGUUUGAAGAAAAGGUUGGAAAAAAUGGGGUAGAUACUGUUUUUUAAACCUUAAAGAUUGCAAAAUUGUCACAUCAAGUGUGAAACCAUAAAAUUACAAACUUAGUUUUGUACUAAAUCUUUUUUUAAAAGUCUUGACAUUUAAUAUGAAAUAAAUUCACACAUUUUCUAACUUUCCUUAGAUUUCAAUAGGGAGGGAGGGGGCCACUGGAUUGGAAAUUUUGGUUUUUAAAAUCACAAUGCUGUUUUAUCAUGCAAUUGGAUAGGUGACUUUUAGUAACACCAUUGUUUCUUUGUAUAUUUGUAAUAAUGGAAAUUUUAAAAUGCAGGAAUGUUUGGUUUGUACAGACUUUGACAGAUGUAAGAGUGUAAAAAAUUCAUAUCAACUGAAAUACAAUUGUUGUUUUUUUCUAUUCA